AGGAAACAACAACAUAAUUUGAACUAUUGUUCUUCGCUGACAAGGAACGCACACGCACGCACACCACCACCAUCACCACCGCAUUUCUCUCUUCUCUUUGCCAGAGCUCUGUGCCUUUUGACUGACUUUUAAUUCGCAUUUUUCUUGUUUGUUGGGAGACGCGUUGCACCUUGCCCUCCAACACCUCUCACCAUGAAGAAGAGCAUUUCACUGAAGGAAUUCUCCACUACACCGACGGUGUCGUACAUGCUUAGCAAGGAUGGCCACAACGUCGCCGCGCCGGCGGACGCGCAGGGCCGCCAUAUGAAUCCUCCACCGCAGCCGCCGAAGACGGAGAAGCCGCGCCAGGCGCCGGUGCCUGACGCGGAUGAUGAGAUGUACGAGAUGGAGUAG